GAGAUAUUGCACUUUUGUUUUGUUUUUGUGACGAGUAUCCUCCCACUUAAGAAAAGUACAUAGUUUUUAAAAAAUUAAAAGAAAUAUGAAAUCUCAGUAAAAAACAAAAACAGACAACAAAAUAUGUCACCGUGUAUUUCAUCGAAAGUAAAUACCCAUCUAGGUGCAAUAACAUUCUUUGCAAAAACCCAUCCCGGAGAUGUUUGUGGCAGCAACGGUCUGCCAUUGACCCCGAAUUCAAUUGCAAUUCUCGGCCGAGCGCAAAGAUUAAAAGUUAUUAAACACCCAAAUCUGUGUCAGUACUUGGAUAUAAUCCGAGGCAAACAUGAACGUACAAUUGUUGUUUCUGAGUACUCUGGUGAUACAUUGGAACACAAAUCGCGGGUUUCCUUUAAUUCCAAACAAGUAUUAAGAGUUUUCUAUCAAAUUGCAUGUGGAAUAGCUGAGGUCCAUCGAAAUAAGUUUGCGAUUCACAAUUUGGAACCAAAGAAUGUGCUCCUGGAUGAGUUGGACAAUGUCAAGCUGUUCAAUUAUGGAUUGUUUGAUAUGACAAAUGGAGGGGAAUACGUCCCAUUCCCAAUUGGAAACAUUCGUUACAUGGCUCCGGAGCGCAUUGCUGGUGCCAAACACAACAUUAAAAGUGACAUUUGGGGUUUAGGAAUCAUUAUUGCUGAACUCUUGCUAGAAUGCCAGCUGUGGGCGAAUCUGAAGAUAUCUCAUAUCAGUCGAAAAAUACUCUCAUUCUGUAAGACGAAUAGUGUCUUUGAAAAAAUUUCCCGCGAGCACAACUGCUACGACAAAUACUUAGCCCUCGACAAAGAUAUUAGGCUGUUGGUUGAAAAAUGCCUCUCUGUUACGGUGGGAAAUCGCCCUCUUCCCGAUGAUCUCGUAAAAGACAACAUAUUCAAAUCGAAUCUCGAGCUUUGUUCUGUUAAAAUUCCCGAAAAACCCAAGCUUCUUCUGUUGCGUUGCCCUCUCGAUCAGAUUUACUAUCUGUGGCAAUUGGCCGGAGGCGAUGUUCAAUCUGAAUUGAAAAGUGAAGGAUUAAUUCGUAGUGAAGCGCCAAUUCUGGGACUUCCACGAGUUGUUUGUUUGAGCGGAGCAAUUGUGGGACCACAAAGGAGCCAAAGCCAUCUCAUGGAAGAUCGGGUGGUGAUCUUAAAGCUGAAUAACUUGAUUGAGCGGUUGAAGGGCAUUCCUGCUAUGGCCUACUAUCCAUUGAUACAUUCGCCAAAGUUCGUCUUCAACUAUGGUUCCGGAAUGGAGCAACUGCCAUUAAUAAUUCGUGAACGCGACACCGAAUACCAGUUCUAUCGAGUUAUGUUAUUUUCAAGACUUCUAAAGGGCUAUCCGUUCACUGCCGAUUUGAUUGAGAAAGAAGCAGCCGUAGAUAUUCCACCACUGCUGCGCGGUCCAAUUUGGGCUUGUCUCCUUGGAGUUAUUCCCAAUGGAAGCUAUGACAAGAUCGAUAAAGUAACGCCCACUUCCACCGAUAGACAGAUCGAAGUGGAUAUACCUCGCUGCCACCAGUACGACGAACUUCUAUCAUCUCCCGAAGGUCAUAGUAAACUUAAGCGACUUCUAAAAGCUUGGGUUACCUCCCAUCCACAAUAUGUCUAUUGGCAGGGACUUGAUUCGCUUACAGCUCCGUUUUUGUAUCUCAAUUAUAAUCAAGAAGAGCUCGCAUUCCUAAGCCUUUACAAAUUCAUCCCAAAAUACCUGCAAUGGUUCUUUUUAAAGGAUAAUUCGGCCAUCAUAAAAGAGUAUCUGAGUAAAUUCUCUCAAUUGACGGCAUUUCAUGAACCACUGCUGGCCAAACAUCUCAGUGCUAUCAAUUUCAUUCCAGAGCUCUUUGCAAUUCCUUGGUUUCUCACCAUGUUUUCACAUGUAUUUCCAUUGCAUAAGAUCCUGCAUCUUUGGGAUAAGCUGAUGCUAGGUGAUAACUCAUAUCCGCUUUUCAUUGGUAUCUCCAUCUUGAAGCAACUCAAGAGCACGCUUCUCAGUUCUGGAUUCAACGAAUGUAUACUGCUGUUUUCUGACUUACCUGACAUCGUAAUGGAAAACUGUGUUGUGGAGUCACAAAAAAUGUAUGAAACAACGCCAAAGAGCGUAACCCACCGACAACAUGUGAUCAGAGAAGGAAAACUUCAUGAGUUUGAUAUCUCUGGACUUACAUUAAUUGAACUACAAUCCGAAAUGUGCCCACGCAUCAGUGCCAACGACUAUUCCCACCUUCUCCUAAAUAAGCCAGACGAAUUGGCUACAAUUGAUUUGCGUGGGGUGAUAGAAUAUUCAAGAGUACGCAUCGAAAAUAGCAUAAAUAUUCCAUUUACCUCAGUGCAAUUGGGCGAUACACGAUUGGAGUCAUUGAAUAUUGUUAAUUUGGAAGCAAUGCUGGAGGGUAAAAUUGUUGUUGUGGUCAGCACAAUUCAUGAAAAUGCUGUUUUGUUUUCUAAAUUUUUCGUGGAGUGCGGAGUGGAGAAAGUAUGCAUUUUACAUAACGGUUUUAGUAUUUUACAUGCAAUCGAACCGAAUAUACUUUUGUCAACGUAGAAUUUUUGUAUUACAGAGUAAUUAAAGUUAUAUUAUUAUAAAUAUUUAAAUAA